AGAGAGAGAAACAGAGAGCAGGAGAGAGGGGUAGGUGCGCUGGAUUAACGUGCUGCCGUGAAACGCACUGCAAACAAUGUGACAGUGACAAAAGAGAGCCUGUUUGAAGCAGGUCCCCCCCCCACCACACCACCACACCACCACUCCAGCACCCAGCUCAUUCUGACCAAUUUCUGCAGGAAAGGAGAAGAGUUCCUUCAGCUCCAGUUCCGAUCCGCCUCCUCAGCCCGUUCCCUGGCGCCGAGCGGACUGCGUCUCCGCCAGCUUCUUCCACCUGGAUCAGAAAAUGUGGUUCUGCAUCCCUAGCAACGGGCCGACGCUGUGUCCCGAUCCACAAUGUUCGCCGCCGUCUUCGGUGCUGUUACCAGGAUUUGUCACUGAAGUGACGGGAAGGCCGUUGGUUAAAUGGUGACCUCACCCCCCGCCGGGAAUCUCUGAAUCAAGCUUCCGGAACAAACCAUCAUCCAGAGACAGGGAAGCGACUGACGGCCCAGUUGGCGACUCACCCUUACAUGACUGACUGAGCUGGCGAAGGCAACAACAAACCAGGAGCCAGCAUGUCUGUGAGCAACGGGACGGACGAACCCCUGUUCCCGACGGGGGAGCCCCCAAACUCCUCGCUGGACUAUGAGGACUUCGAGCUGGAGCACGACGCCAGCAAGAUCGUCAUCCCCUCCAUCUACGCCCUGGUGUGCUGCGUGGGGCUGACGGGCAACGCCAUGGUGAUCUACGUCAUCCUCAAGUACGCCAAGAUGAAGACGGCCACCAACAUCUACAUCCUGAACCUGGCCAUCGCCGACGAGCUCUUCAUGCUGAGCGUGCCGUUCCUGGCCACCUCGGCCGCCGUGCGCCACUGGCCCUUCGGCUCGCUCAUGUGCCGGCUGGUCCUCAGCGUGGACGGCAUCAACAUGUUCACCAGCAUCUUCUGCCUGACCGUGCUGAGCGUGGACCGCUACAUCGCCGUGGUCCACCCCAUCAAGGCUGCCCGCUACCGCCGCCCGACCGUGGCCAAGGUGGUGAACGUGUGCGUGUGGGGGCUCUCGCUGGUGGUCAUCCUGCCCAUCAUCGUCUUCGCCGACACCGUGCCGGCGCAGGACGGCGGCGUGGACUGCAACUUCCUGUGGCCGGAGUCGUCGUGGUCGGCCGCCUUCGUGGUCUACACCUUCCUGCUGGGCUUCCUGCUGCCCGUGGUGGCCAUCUGCCUGUGCUACUGCCUGAUCGUGGCGCGCAUGAGAGCCGUGGGCCUGAAGGCCGGCUGGCUCCAGCGCCGGCGCUCGGAGAAGAAGAUCACCCGCAUGGUGCUGCUGGUGGUGGCCGUCUUCGUGGUGUGCUGGAUGCCCUUCUACAUCGUGCAGCUGGUCAGCGUCUUCCGCCGGCCGCCCGACCCCAUGGUGACGCAGCUCUUCGUCAUCCUCAGCUACGCCAACAGCGGCGCCAACCCCAUCCUGUACGGCUUCGUCUCGGACAACUUCCGCCGCUCCUUCCAGCGGAUCGUCUGCUUCCGCUGGCUGGAGAGCGGCCUGGAGGCGGAGCAGGUGGACUACUGCGCCGUGGCGCUCAAGCGCCAGGCCACCUGCGGCCCGCGGGACUUCCCCCGCGACUGCCUGGCCUCGGAUGUGGCCUACCGAAACGGCACUUGCACCUCCCGCACCACCACGCUAUGA